CGGGGCCAGGACAGCGAUGAUUUUCGCAUACUUGGCUAAGGGAAAAAGGAGGACACGGCAGCAAACUUCUCGGGCCUCUUUUCUCAUAUUCUCGGCUUCUCCCACACCACUCAAGUACACUCCCGAUCCUAUUUCCCUUUUGUUUGUUUUUGCUUCACUGUCAGGCUGUUCCUUGCACCCAAGAGAUGACCGCCUGCCUGGGUCGGAAUCGCCGGGACGCCUCUUUUCACCUCUGACCGAUUUCGACGACUUAUUGCUGCUGGAUCCCGGAAUUGCAGCUCUUGACGCAAACCUUUUGAGUGACAUAUCUCCACCACCUUUUUUGACAGCUCGGCAUCUUGCGCGACUUCAGGGAAAACAACAAGAACCAAUAAAAAAAACAACAACAGUAUUUUCCACCGAGCGUUUCUUCCGCACACACACACACACACACACAAAAAAAAACCUCUCCACCGCCGAGCGACUUCUCAUCGAACAAAACUUUACUUCUCAUGGUUCCCUCUCGUUGAUCAACUCUUUCGAACCUCAAGGCCUGGGUCUGUUUGGAGUUUUGCGCCUUGGAACCCAGAAACCGCAUGUCUACCGGAUCCGCGCAACCUCUAUAGUUUUCCAUUGUUCUACAGCGAAAAAAAAGGCCCAUCAUGGGCCCUCGAUCAAAGUUUCCUUUUUCCAUACCGGGCCGGAAAGCCAAGCCGGUCCCUCCGCCUCCUCCUCCUCCUCAACCACAGCCACCUUCUGGCCCGUUAACCAAGGCACAAAAGAUCCUUGGCACGGGGGAGAUCAACAUCGAUUCUCCAUGGGAAAUACGAGCUAGUCCGGCCAUCAGCAACGCCCCUGUUUCGGGCGCAGCUCAUCAUAACGAGAGAGAUGCUGGUCGGCGAAGGGCUCAUCACAAUGAUGCGGAAGCGUCCGUUGCCCACGGAAGACGGUGGGAUAACGAGCCAGAACCGGCCCCAAGGAAUUCGGGCUGGCAACAUCACGAAAGGCCCGAAGCCAUGAACUACGAGGUUGCCAACACUUCUCAUCAACAACGACGACAGUCUAGCUCGACAAUCGCAUCGUAUUACGACAAGCAGCACCAGCUACAACAGCAACAAACACAAAACUCGGCCAUGGCCAAACAACUACCAUCCAAGGCCCAUCAACUACUUGAUUACGACAACGGCAUUCCAGAGACGAUACCCGAAGCGAAGAUCAGGAAAAAGAAGUCAUCCAUGCUUGAUAUCUCCUCCCGCAUACUGAAAUCCAAGACUUCCAAACACCUGAAGCCUGAUUUGGUUGACUACAGCGCCCAUGUUCUCGGGGCAGAUAUGAUUACCAACUCUCCAGCUAUGCCGACAACGCCCGACAUGAGCCAGCAGCCGACGAAGCGCCGGACGGAAAGGACAGAUUACGAACGCUACCAACAGGAAUCCUAUGCCAACUCGGCCGGGCAGGAGAUGUACGAGAAGCCAGGUGUGGAUGAGGGCCCGGCACCUGACGAAGAAGUCUCUUCAUUUCCAGCGCCGCCUCUGAAUCCUGCUGCAAGAAGGGUUUCCCUGUCUCUGUUCCCGCCAGCACCGAGCGGUCGACCCGUUCAAACACCCAAGCAGCCCGAGGGCCCGCCGUCCAACGCUUUUACCCCUUCCAGCUCAGCAUCGCCUCACGCGGACAGUGCAAGCAUCUCGAGUCGUCACACCAGGACCUCCAAGGCCUCGAAGCGGACAGAUCGCAGCAUGACCGAGCUUGACCUCCAGAUGAACAGCGUCUUGUCUCUUUCAUCGGAUUCAGAGGAGGAUAGCUAUGAGCCGUCUACACAGAACUCGCUGGCCGUGCCAAUGGGGUUGGGCGAGCAGGGACCAAUGAGCCCAGCCAGCACUCGUUCCGCAAGCUCGCUACCUGCCUCAUUGACAGCAGAUUAUAGUCGGACCAAGUCAGCAAAGCGAUCCCAGUACGGCACGCAAUCGCAAUUUCUACCUAUUCCCGAAGGUGCUGCGGCAACUGAUGUUUCGAGGAAGAGCUCUUCGCGAGGCAGCUCCCACAAAACAAGCUCAUCGAAGCAGCAGGCAGCAUCGUUGCUGUACCAGACUUCCCGUCUCUCCAUCGGCAGCACAUCCACCUCCCAGACCGCGAUGCAUGGUGCAUCUGCGCAGUUGAAGAAGGAAACCAAUGCCACGCCCCCCAUGUCGCCAACCAGCGUUGACUUUUAUCUUCAAAAUCGCAGCAGCGAGACGUUUGGGGCGUAUGCGCCAGACAACAGAUCCGUAUACAGCGGUAGGAGCCUAGGAAGCGAAGGGAUGGGUCCAGGACGGCGUGGAAGCAACACCAGCAGCAUCCAGGACAACGCCAGCGGGCGAUUCAUGGCCGUCACUCGACAGGAGGAGAUGUUGCUAGCAGCGCUGCGACAGAAGCGCGCCCGCAUGCGCGAGGAUAUCCUUGCCGAGUAUGGAGACAACCGGGACGACAUGGACGGCGAUGACGCGAGAGAUGGGCGCCACUCUGUGCUAAGCGAAAGCCCCACCAGCAGGGUUUCGAGGCAGUCGUCGGCCAGCACGAUGCGCCUGAUGGAGGCCCACUCGUUGAGCGCGCGACCACAUGGGCAUCAGCGACCGCAGAUCCGCAUCAGCACUGGAUCCGUCGACAAGAAGUCGGAUAGAAUGUCGGAGUCUUCGGGACAGAUUUUUGUCAUGAUGGACAGACAGCUUAGGCAGUCGAGGGGCGACGAUUCGGAGCCCAGCCUAGAUAUGGAUCGGUUUAUGCACUAUGACGACGCCGGCGACGAGAUUUUGACGAGGGGUGCUUUCGGUGGGCCUUAUGAAGGCGAUGACAGGCGGAAUAGCCGAUCCAGUCUCGGUGCGCACUCGACUUCCGGAUCCCACAGGGCUCAGAGGACUCCGUCCUCACGCUCCAAGGCUUCGUCGCGAGACAGGAGGGACUCGGAUCAGGUCAGCCCCCAGACUUUUGGUCAUCUUUGCCGCGAGGCGGAGCGCCGUAACCGAAUUGUCGAGGCCCCUGAGGAGGACGACAUGGAGGAUGGCAUCCCCCGCCCUGACUCGCCCAUCUCGCCUGGUGACUUCCCGGUGCCUCUUUCGAUGCUGAAGAAGAACCUCAGGCUGAGCGCUGUUGGGCAUUAACCGACACGAUGCACAAAUAGCACAAAAUCAAAUUAAGAUGGAUGGGAACCCGUGGAUACAAUAACAAACAACAACAACAACACCUUGAACAAGUUGAACAUGACAAGAAGAGCGGUACGAAGGUAGUACGGAGGGAGGCAUAGCUUUGCAUUUCUUUUUUGUUUAUGUACGAGGAAGGAACGGAGAGUCAGAGAUACCACAAGAACAAAGGGGGAGGGCAGGGUAGGGCCGGGACAAGGGAAGGCAACAUAAAGGUUUUUGGGCGGGAAAACCAAUGACUUGUUAUCAUGAUUGGGCAAUGGAUCAGCAACGCACUAGCAAACCGUACUCGAUGUUUUUCGAUUCGUAUUUUGCGGCCUGGGAAAGGAGAAGAGGCAGGAUCCCACGACAAGUCCCUGGCAUUCUACGAGGCUGUUGUUGUUAUUACCACUAACCGGCUUCUGUACAUGCUCUUUUAAUGGUGGUUGCUGAUCAUUGCUGAUGAUGAAGAUAAGCUUUCUGAGAGUUGUAGUACAUGUAUACCACACCACACCACACUUAUACCCGGUUGGAAAAGGCGUGAGGAUAUGUCAUAUACAUAGCACAACAUACACAUACAAACUAAUAAUACGCGACAGACGCGAUUGACUUCCUCGGAAGAGGGUAGUCAAACAAGA